UUGAGGCGGAGUCAAAACAAAAUGGCGUCCGGUAUGGUGUCAUCAACAGUAAUCAGGGCUGUAAAGUCUAGUAGAAAGUUUGUGCCUCAAAGAGCAGCCAUCAAACUAACUCCUUCUGCUGUCAGCAAAGUGAAAGAACUUUUAUCAGAAAACACUACAGCAAUAGGACUAAGAGUGGGAGUGAGGACAAGAGGCUGCAGUGGAUUAACGUACACACUGGACUAUGCUACUGAGAAGAAGAAAAUGGAUGAAGAAGUUGUUCAAGAUGGUGCUAGAGUACUAAUAGAUUCAAAGGCUCAGUUAUCAUUGCUUGGUACUGAGAUGGACUUUGUUGAAAAUAAACUCGGCAGUGAAUUCAUAUUUCAUAAUCCUAACGUCAAAGGCACUUGUGGGUGUGGCGAGAGUUUUCACGUAUGACAUCGUCGCCGACCAAUCAGAUCACCCUAACUACUCCUGCUGUAUUUUUGUUUUAUUUAUUAAGUAAUUGUCAUAUCAUGGAAAACUUGUAUAUAAAAAGUUAUUAGUGUAUUUGUAUCAUGUUUAAUAAACUCAGUUUUUAUUGUCA